AUGUCAUCGGUGGCCACCGACCCUCCACGAGAGGAACUAGACCUUUCAUCCGACAACGAACAACAACAGGAGCAGAGCAUAUCAGGCAUUAACCGUGAGAGGAUGGGCGUUACCAGUCGAGGAACAGCACCACGCGUGUCACGACGCAAACGAUCUGAAUACGCACGAUCAUGGAACAGAUCCAGUUCUCGACCUCGCACUGGAUCUACGGGGUCCAAGUACCGUUCUCGAUCUCGGCAUUGA